UGUUUAGAGUUUAGUAAUAGACUAAUAGUGGUAUUAGGCUAUUAGCCUCAAGCAGAAGACACUCAUGCCCCUUCUUUGUCCUUGUGAUAAGCACGAUCCUCCACUUGAAGCCAAAAAAGCAGAGGUCAGAGGCUGUGAAAAAGGAAAGAGACAGAAAGAGAAACACAUGGGUUUCGUAGCAGCAGCUAAGCCGAACGCUCACACCAGCAGCAACAAAGAUAGCAGAGGCAUGGGUUUACUUCUCGUUUUCUUCCCGGAAGACCAAAACAAAAUCACCAGUUCCAUUGAUAACAACAGUACUACAUCAAGAUUCAUUCGAAGAACAAGUUCCAGUCUCCUUCUCACCAAAGCUCAGUCUACCAUCUCCAUCUGUGCUCUUUUAGUUUUCCUUACUCUUCUCCUUUUCACUCUCUCUACUUUUGAACCCUCCAUCCCAACCCCAACUACCUUUUCCUCCUCCACCAUUAAAAACUCUCGUCGAUUCUUAUCCAAAAAUACCCAACUUUCUUCUUCUUCUUCUUUUUCUUCUUCUUCUUAUUGGUUCUUUCCAGUGUGGGACUAUAAACCCCUACAUGUCAAGCAAAAACCCAAUAUUUCUUCAUCUUCAUUCGCUUUACAAGGGAUGGGAACUUUGUAUAGACGUGGGACAAAAGCCAUGAACGAUCUCAUUGUUAACCAUGUUGUUGAAGACGUGACUGAAGAUGAGCUGAGGCUUUUCUUACGAGUCUUGCAUAGGUCAGGCGUCACGUCAAAAGCUGACACUGUUUUCCUUUUUGGGUCUUCGUCGUUAUCUUCAAGAUUCAGCUUUGUUUUUCAGGAAGAGAACGAGUCGUUCUUGAAACUCAUUCAACACUACAGAGAAUCGAAUAAUAAGGGUUUCCAUGACUCUGUCUUCAGUUUUGACUCGACCCAGUUUUGGAAAUCUGGGAAGAAAUAUGUGGGGGAGCCUAUUUGGGGAAAGAAGGGCCGAGGGAGUUAUAGUAAUUCAACUGGAGCUAAUGGUGAGUCAACUCGGUUGACUUAUGGAUCGGUUGUGGGGUUUGAUGUGAAUGAGUUGGAUCCAGAGAACUCGCUGGCUGGAUUUCUCGAUCACGUUCCGAUGAGAAUGAGAAGAUGGGCUUGUUAUCCAAUGUUAUUAGGAAGGGUCAGGCGAAAUUUUAAGCAUAUAAUGUUAUUGGAUGUUAAAAUUUUGAUGUUACUGAGUGACCCACUCGGCCAUGUCAGGAAUCGGAGCCCCGAGUCGGUUUAUAUAUUGACCAAGGAAAGCAGCUCCGGCAAGCAUAGCAAGAGGAUAUCGGAAAAAGCUCAGUCUCAGUAUCAGGUUAACUCAGCUAUUUUGAUGGGUGGAGCAAGGGGAAUUCGGAGAUUAGGCAAUGCAAUGUUGACUGAGAUCGUUAGAGCUACAAUGCAUCAUAAGAAGGAGAAUUGGAUCUCUGAGUCGGGAAUUCUGAGUCAACUCGUCGGCAAUGGGUACAUACUGAAGAAAGUUAAUUUGAUCAUAUCGACCGAGUCAAUUCCGGAAUCGAGUUCACUCAUGGGUUUGAGUUCCAACUCAGCUGCAGAUUAUUCAAUAAUCCAACGUGGUAAUAGUAAUCAUGAUCUUAAUUCCAUAAUUAUGAAGCUAAUAUGUUUAUGUGAAGUAGAUUCUUCUAUUUAUAAGGAUUGCUAGAAAAACAAAGGAAAAUUAAAAAAAUGUUUUUGUUUUUUUUUAACAUAAUGUAUACAAUAUUUUUAGAUUAUAAAAGUAAGAUCGUGUGAAGGAUAUUCUUAUGUUCAUAGAGAUUCUUAGCAAAAGAACAAAUAAGAAAUAGUUUAAUUUUUA